AUGAGUGCCGUAUCAGUGAACGACGAUAAGAAAGUGGACUUGGAUGUUGUUUUGGAAAAGUUUAGUAUUUACCAGAAGUACCAUUUACAGACGAUAGCUCUAAUAUUUAUUGCGUUUCUGAGUAAUGCAAUUUAUUGCAACCAGUACGUCUUCGUGGCUGAAUCAACGCCGUAUAGAUGCGUGGAUGCAGUGAACAACAGCGAGCUCUCAGAAGCGGUUUGCGGUACAAAUGAGUCUAACACUUGCUCCCGAUGGAUUUACGAAGAUCCAAGGAGUUUCGUAGCUGAAUUUGACCUUGCCUGCGAAGAGUGGAAGCGAACUUUGGUGGGAACAGCGCAUAACUUUGGCUACAUGGUCGGUUUGCUAAUUGUAGGGCCUCUGUCAGAUAAGUUCGGAAGGAAAACAGCUGCAAUAAUAACAGGAAUGCUAGGAGGUGUUUUUGGAUUGCUCAGGAGUUUUUCAACAUGGUUCUGGUUCUUUAUUGCCAUGGAAUUUAUGGAGGCUUGCAUAGGAGACUCGUGUUCUCCUAUGUUUGUUUUGGCUUUAGAGCUCUCUCCUUCAAGCAAACGCCUUAUCUUCAAUAUGCUCGUGAGCUACGGGUACGCCUCCGGAGGAAUUCUCCUCGCAGUUUUUGCCUGGCUAGUUCCGGAUUGGCGUUGGUUCCUCAGAACCGUAUAUUCACCGGCUCUCCUAUUUUUCCUCUACUACUUUGUCAUGGACGAAAGUCCAAGAUGGCAUCUGUCUAACGGUAGAAAACCGCAAGCUAUUAAAAUAAUCGAAGAUGCAGCGGCCAAAAAUAAUAUCAAGCUGGACAAGAAUAUGCUAGAUAACUUAAGCUGUGAGAAGGAGGAAAGCACAAAUAUGCUAAAGGUGCUACUAAAGACCCUAAAGUCCAGAAAGCUAAGGACGAGGUUCUUCGUCUGCGUUGUUUGGUGGAUGACAUCCACAUUCGUGAACUACGGCAUGAUUCUGAACUCUGUGUCGUUACAGGGUGAUAAAUAUUGGAACUUUGCGUUGACGCAAGUAAUUGAUGCUCCCGGACUUGUAGUUGUUACGUACAUUCUGUUAAAGUUUAAGCGAAAGAAACCCCUGAUAUUCUGCUUUUCUUUCGGAGCUGUGAUGUGUCUGUCUCAACCGUUUAUACCUUUGGAUCUACCGUGGCUAUCUAUAACAUUCUACAUGGCAGGGAAGCUGAUGUCAUCAUUUUAUUUCGCCAUUACAUACAUUUACACGUCGGAACUUUUCCCCACGUACACGAGAAACUCUAUGCAUGCACUAUGUUCUUCUCUUGGUAGAGUGGGGUCUAUCGUGGCUCAACAAACUCCGUUAUUGGUUGUUUAUUGGAAUGGACUACCAGCAUUCAUUUUCGGUUCAGCAGCGCUAUUCGCUGCUCUGGCCACCUGCCUAGUACCCGAUGUAUCUGAUGAUUCACUUCCGAAUAACGUCGAGGAAGCUGAGGCAAUAGGACAAAAGAAGGAAGUCGCAUUGUGA